ACCAGCAUUCUGUUAUGUCAAAUUAUAUUUCACCAAUUAGUCGAUUUAAUAAAGAUGUUAAUUUUACUCCUUCUUAUCUUUUUUCAGGAUUGCAAGGAACAACUGGAUAAUGGGAACAAAAAUUCAGGUUUUUAUCGAAUAUUAGUACCGAAGAUGGAACCAUUUGAUGUAUUUUGUGAUAUGACGACUAGUGGUGGCGGGUGGACACUGAUUCAAAGAAGGGAAAGUGGUGAGGUUUAUUUUUCAAAUCGGACUUGGAUUGAAUAUGAAGAGGGAUUUGGAGAAAUUGCUUCAUCAUUUUGGCUUGGUUUGAAAAAGAUUGCUGAUUCCAUUCAAAAUUACAAAUUAACGAUAUCUCCUGCAAAAGCUGGUAAUCUUACUGAAUAUACAACUGGUGAUAAAUUUUUCAUUAUGAACAAUGGAAGGGCCUUUACAACGAUUGAUCGUGAUAAUGAUAAAUUUGUGGGGAACUGCGCUCAAUUUCGUGAUUUUGGUGGCUGGUGGCAUAAUGAUUGCAGUUAUGUGGCGCUUAAUGGUCGAUAUGGCGAUUCAUCUUGGAAAAUGCGUGGCUUAUAUUGGUUCUACUCAAUAGGACAACGACCUGUCGUAUCAUAUCACAUUAAGCCAAAGCGUACGGUAAUGAAGAUUCGCCCUAACGAAUGA